GUGUCUCUGAACAAUACGAAGUAGAGAUUUUUCAUAGCCAGAGAUUCCGUCUUCUCCAUAGCGAUGGAGAGGACUCUCUUCCUUUCUCUUCUCAUCCCUUCUCUCCUCCUCUUACAGCAAUGUCUAGUCCAUGGAGAAUCCGACGUGGCAUCCGGGCAGAAAUCGGCCCGAGUCGACACGGGCAAACUCAGCAGAUCGAGUUUUCCGAAAGGGUUCAUCUUCGGCACGGCCACGUCAGCUUAUCAGGUGGAAGGAAUGGCGAAGAAAGAUGGAAGGGGGCCCAGCAUCUGGGACGCCUUUAUUAAAAAACCCGGUAUUGUUGCGAACAACGCUACGGGAGAUGUUUCGGUGGAUGAGUAUCACCGUUACAAAGAAGAUGUGGACAUCAUGUCCAAGCUCAACUUUGAUGCGUACCGGUUCUCAAUCUCAUGGUCCAGGAUUUUCCCAAAUGGAGUGGGAAAGGUAAAUUGGAAAGGGGUUGCUUAUUACAAUAGGUUGAUUGAUUAUUUGAUCCAAAAAGGCAUUACACCUUAUGCCAAUCUAUAUCAUUAUGAUCUUCCUGAAGUGCUUGAGAAGCAAUACAAAGGCUUGUUGAACAGAAAAGUUGUAAACGCAUAUGCGGAUUUUGCGGAUUUUUGUUUCAAGACAUACGGUGAUAGAGUGAAAAAUUGGAUGACAUUCAAUGAGCCGAGGGUGGUGGCUGCUCUUGGAUAUGACAAUGGUAUUUUCGCUCCUGGAAGGUGUUCCAAACCAUAUGGAAACUGCACAGAGGGAAAUUCUGGUACAGAGCCUUACAUCGUGGCCCAUCAUCUGAUUUUAUCUCAUGCAGCUGCAGUUCAAAGAUACCGUGAGAAGUAUCAGACAAAACAGAAAGGGAGAAUUGGGAUUCUGUUGGAUUUCGUUUGGUAUGAACCACUCACGAACUCGAAGCUAGACCAGCUAGCAGCUCAAAGGGCAAGGGAUUUCCAUGUUGGAUGGUUCCUUCACCCCAUUGUAUAUGGAGAGUACCCGAAAUCGAUGCAGGAGAUUGUGCAAGAGAGGCUUCCAAAAUUCAGCAAAGAAGAAGUGAAGAUGGUCAAAGGCUCCAUUGAUUAUGUGGGGAUUAACCAAUAUACAGCUUACUACAUGUUCGAUCCUCAUCAGGCGAAGCCGAAGGUCCCAGGCUAUCAGAAUGACUGGAAUGUUGGAUUCGCUUUUGAACGUCACGGCGUGCCCAUUGGACCAAGGGCCCACUCUUCUUGGCUGUACAUGGUCCCAUGGGGCAUGUACAAAGCUGUGACCUACAUAAAGGAACACUAUGGAAAUCCCACUGUCAUUCUAUCAGAAAAUGGCAUGGAUGACCCUGGCAAUGUCACACUUUCAGUAGGAUUGCAUGACACCACAAGAAUCCAUUUUUACAACAGCUAUCUGACUGAACUCAAGAAGGCGAUCGAUGAUGGAGCAAAUGUGAUUGGCUACUUUGCGUGGUCGCUGCUCGACAACUUCGAAUGGCUGUCUGGGUACACGUCGAGGUUCGGUCUGGUCUAUGUCGACUACCAUAACCUCAAGAGGUACCCAAAGAUGUCGGCGUACUGGUUCAGAGAAAUGCUCCGUCCAAUGAAGCAUUAAGAGCCGGCGCGGCCUGCUUUUCGGCUUCUUCUUCCUCUUCUUGAUCUUAGUUAUGUUAGUGUUAUGUUGGAAAACUCCCUACAUGAUGGAGAAUGAAUGGCUAAAGAUGGAGUGUUUUCA